AUGCAUCUGGUAAGCAAACUUUGAAACUUUGUGUCCCCUUCCCCCGGGUCAGCCUAUCAUGCUAUAAGGGUGCAAUAAAGAGAUCUGCCUCCUUCCUCCUGAAAAAAUGAGGGCUUCAAGGAGAGUGGGUGUUGGGCCAGAGGAUAUUGCCAGCUCACUUGUUCUCAGCUGACCAGUGUGUGGCUCAGUCUCCACUAGGAACAGUAGCAGGGAGAAUACACCUGGCAGAUGGCAAACAUCGCCUUUGAGAAAUUAAAGCUUUUGUUGGUUUACCUGGUUGGGAGCCAUUGUGAGGGGUUGGACUGGGAAUUCAGGUCCCACUUGUUUGUUUCUAAGACUUCCGUAUUCCAGUAACUGAAAGCGAAAGGUGGUUUUUCCUAUGAGCAGUAACUGCUAGCUGGUGCUUAUUCCACUAAGUCAAAAGGUACACUUGGCUUAGGAUUUUAAACAAUGGAAUUGUUGGUAAUGUGCAAAUUUAUUUGGGGAUCAUAAGAUUAUUGGGUCAAAAGGAGGGAUGGGGAAAUUUGUCCAUUUCAGUUUCUCAUCUUUGCGCUCAUAAGUUCUGUUCUCCACAUUUUCACAUUGGUUUGUGAUUUCACGAGCAUUUGAGUGCACAUUUCUCCUGACAGAACACAUCUCCAUAGGCAAUUUUGCCCAAUGUAUACCUUUUUUUGCAAAACCAUUCCCUCUUAUAUAAUGCAUAUUUGUAUGCUAUAUUCUCCAUGGGUCGCAUUUUAACAGAUGCAUUUUUGCACACAUUACUUGCCUGGAGAACUGCAUGGAGAAGUGCGAAUUUUGAAGGGCAACUGUGAUUCAGUUUGCGUAUCGUUUCAGAAAGUGAAUUUUAGGUAGGUUUCCCUCUCAUUGCAAACAAAAUCUGAUUUCUCCCCCAUCCUUAGUAACAGCAAUGAUCCUGAACAACUAGGGCAGGCAAAUCCCCAGACUUCAAAUCCCAUCACCCCUGAUAACUAGCAGUGCUGGGUAGGGCUUAUGGGAGAUGGUGUCCAAUAACAACUCUAGGGCCACAAAUCUCCCAUGAAGGCUGUGCAUAUUUAAGUAAGGCCCACUCUGUGGCACUUCCUCCCGGGUAGAUGGUUGCAGGAUCUGAGCCUAACAGCCUUUGUUUACUGCCCUAGGAAACCUUUUCUUUAAGGUUGCGCAAAGACAGGAAUUAUUGUUCGGCUUUCCUAGAUCAUGGCAAGAUCUGUGUGUAUCCCAAACCUUGCAUGUUCCACUUCUGUCCUGAGUCCUCCAGCCUCCUGGCCCAUCUGAUCGAAGCCUGGGCUACCUUUGAAGUCACCUUUCAUUUCAAAACUGGCGUUUGCCAAUGGCAUGGGAACUGAUGCUAUUUUUUAAGAAACCCACAAGUGCACCUAAUUAUAUGACAGGCCUCUUGGGUUUUUGACUUCUACUUUUAGUACAACCAUAACACCGUCAUUACUCAGGCACUGAGUACGAUCUAGACAUCCUCUCUCAGCGACCUUCUUUUUUUGUGGUGGAAAUAAAUGUGGGACGAUGGAGGGUGUGUGUGUCGGCUGCAAGCAGUUGCGUGGGUGCAGAAGUGUCACAGGCACCUAUUGGCUAGUGCCUGUGAUGUCUGGUGCGAUGAGUGACAAAUCUUCACCUUUCUGGUGAGUCGCUCUCUGUACUCAGAAAGCCGCAUGAUUACUAUUUUUAAAAAUAAAACCUCAAAAGGUGAACACUCACCUGUCAGGCCAGUCUGUAUGUUACAGGAGUGCUCAUCAAGCUACCUAUCACAGGGUACCCUGAACUUCCUUUGAGAGGCUGAGGAUGACAUAGUUGGGUGGGUGGGUUAUCCCACUUUAUCUCCUCAAUAACCAUUUCAGGUAGGUUCAAUGGCAAUAUGGUGGCUACCUGAACUGUACCCAGUGAGCUACCUGUCUUCAAGGGGAACUCUGAAAGGUGUCCGCCUUGAGGAAUGUUCACUAAGUCAUUCUGUUCAUUGCAAGGGCAUCAAACAUAAAGAGAGAAGGACGUUAAUGUAUGGUUACCAGAUUUUUUCCAAUGAAUCCGGGGACACUUUUUUCUUUUUUUCUUUUUGAAGCUGAGUAGCAACAGGGAGUCAGUAGUGCUGGGUGGUGAGGCAAAAGAUCCUGGGCCCAAGCACACAUGCAUAUUGUAUAAAGGUGCAAAGCCCUUCUUUUGCACCAUGUGAAACAUAAAUUAAAAAAACCGGGCAACAGUGCGCCACCCGCCUGUGACUCCUGAGCCUUCCCCGAUCUCCUUCCCCCUUUGUUUUGUCAGAUCAGGGGAGGCUCGGGAGUCACGGGCGGGCGGCCGUUGCCCAGGAGGGGCCAGCCUGGUAGUGCGGUUGGCUCUGGCUGGCUUCAGGAACUGCUCGCUGCUGUGGCGCAGGAAAAAUGGUGGGUGCCACGGCAGCGAGCAGCUCCUGAAGCCAGCCAGAGCCAACUACGCUACCAGGCUGGCUCUGGGCUGCUGAGGCUGCCGCUGCCACGUUUCCCGGGGACAGAUUUGCAAAUCUGGGGACAUUCCGGGGAUGGCAACCCUAUGUUAAUGGCAACAAAUGCCUCCCAAACUUCCAGGAAUUUCUCAGAAUCGCCACCUUGGCUGAUGCAUGAGAGCAAAUGGGGCACUGCCCCGCCAGCUGCCAGCCUCCCAUCCCAAAACACCAUGAUAGAAAGUCUUACUUGAGAUCAAGGAGGAGAUCUGUUUUCAGACUGAUUGUGGCACAGGCUCAGCUGCAAGCACAAAGCCCAGAAGUCAGGAUUCCAAGGUGCAAGCUGUGAAAAUGUCCUGACAGUUGGCAUGCCCCUCCCACCAAGCUUUUAAAGUCGAGGCUGAAUCUCUAUUGGUAGAGCAUUCGACAGGACCGAGCCAAUGACAUGAAAGGCUUGGUUUCUUGCUGUGGGCAGGUGAGCAUCACCAGCUCAGGGUGCAACCAAUGAUGGUCCUGCCAAUUAUCUCAGUGAUCGAGCUUAGAUAUCAGGGUACCCCGGACCGAAGUCAUUCAGGGCUUUGCAAAUUAACACAAGGACUAUGAACUGGCUUUAUUAUAGAUGGGCAGCCAGAGAAUCUACCAGUGUGGUGUAAUGGUUAAGAGUGGUAGACUCGUAAUCUGGUGAACCGGGUUCGCGUCUCCGCUCCUCCACAUGUAGCUGCUGGGUGACCUUGGGCUAGUCACACUUCUCUGAAGUCUCUCAGCCCCGCUCAUCUCACAGAGUGUUUGUUGUGGGGGAGGAAGGGAAAGGAGAAUGUUAGCCGCUUUGAGACUCCUUCAGGUAGUGAUAAAGCGGGAUAUCAAAUCCAAACUCUUCUUCUUCUACUAUACAACCCACAGACUCCCUGCUCAUAACCCCACUUCCCUCUACUCUUAAGUAAAAGACUCCACACACUGUCAAGCUUCCCAGUUUUUGACAGCAGAAGAAACAGAAGAAAAACUGAUAGGAAGAAGUGGCCCUGAACAUAACAAUAAGUUCUCUUAACUGCAAAGGUUAUUUCCUGUCUGGCAAGGCAUCGUUCACUUCUGCAUCCCAUUGUGUAGCACGAUUAAUGUCUCAGAGAAUGUUACACACGAAGGGGAAGAAAUGUUCCUGAGUCAUGUUGGGUCACAAUGUGGGUUUGUGGUGUCUCACUUCUGCAGGGUCUGUUGGCAUGACUUCUUGGAUGACAGCGUCCCUUACAGCCAGUUCUAUUUUUCUAGAAAAAGAGGUGCCAGAAGUAGCCACAAACACCUCCCUUGUUCUCUUACAAUGGCGCUUACCUGAGAGGUGCUGGAACUGAGUUCCAGUGAGUUUCUGCUGAAAGAAAGCCCUGCUUAUAGCCCCCCACGAAGCUGUUUCUCAUCGUGCUAUCUUGUUGGUCAAAAUAAUUGAAAUACUGCUCCACCACAUCUUCACCAGAAACUAUGAAACUGGAUUCGGUUUGGAAUUCCUUUAUUUGCUGGCACACAUUGGCCAAAUAUGGACCAAGUUCUCUAGCUGAGGGGUGGGGGACGUCAGGUCCAGGUCUCUGUAUUAGGCCUUGGGGGCUGUCCCCAGGCCACACUGCUCACUGGUCCAGCUUCAUAACUUGGAUGGAGUAUAUCUUCGGACCCUGAUAAUGCAUCUUGCUUAUCUGGAUGGGAGAUGAAAUGCGGCCCUCAAGCCAAAAAAGUUUCCCCACUUCUACUCCAGAUGAUGCACAAUACAAAUCAAAUGCAAAUACCAAACUACAUAAAAUAAUAUCACCAUGUAUGUCUUUUUGUGUACACAAACAUAAUAAAACACCCACAUGCAGGGCCGGAUUUCAGUUUGAUGAGACCCUAAGCUACUGAAGGUAAUUGGGCCCUUCAUAUGUCCAGCUGGCCUUUGUCAAUAACAAAUUGACGCUGUUUUUCUUGUUGAAUGGACUUACUGAUCAGAAGGUCGGCGGUUCGAGUCCCCGUGACGGGGUGAGCUCCCGUUGCUCGGUCCCUGCUCCUACAAACCUAGCAGUUCGAAAGCACGUCAAAAUGCAAGUAGAUAAACAGGUACCGCUCCAGCAGGAAGGUAAACGGCAUUUCCGUGCGCUGCUCUGGUUCGCCAGAAGCGGCUUAGUCAUGCUGGCCACAUGACCUGGAAGCUGUACGCCGGCUCCCUUAGCCAGUAAAGCGAGAUGAGCGCCGCAACCCCAGAGUUGGCCACGACUGGACCUAAUGGUCAGGGGUCCCUUUACCUUUAUAUGCUAUAUGGUAAUUUAUGGACCCAAUAGGUAUCUGUACAUAGAAAUGAGCAAACCAGUGAUAUUUUAGGGAGCAGGCUAGCAGGCGGGGCCCAUUACCUACAUCAUAGGAGCCUACAAACACCAAACACUGUUGCUGUAUGUAGGUUUUAUUUUAUUUGUUUUUUAUCUUACAUUUUGGAAAUGUACAUCCAGGGUUUGUUUUCCUUUGAAUUUUUUGGAGGCCCCGAAGAGAGUGGGGCCCUAAGCUAUAGCUUGUUUAGCUUAUACAUAAAUCCAGCACUGCCCACAUGUGUAGAGGUGUGAAAAUAAAUCUCUUAAGCACUUCCAAAGUAGGGACUAAAGGUAUAACCAAGAUCAGCUUUAAGAUGCAAAAAACCCCCAAAUAUCCUUGAUAGCUUGAAAAAUGCAACAUCCUCCACCAUUCUGCUAAUUUAUUGUACAGUGGUACCUCAGGUUACAUACGCUUCAGGUUACAGAUGCUUCAGGUUACAGACUCCGCUAACCCAGAAAUAGUACCUCGGGUUAAGAACUUUGCUUCGGGAUGAGAACAGAAAUCGUGCGGCGGCAGCGCGGCAGCAGUGGGUGGCCCCAUUGGCUAAAGUGGUGCUUCAGGUUAAGAACAGUUUCAGGUUAAGAAUGGACCUCUGGAAUGAAUUAAGUACUUAACCUGAGGUACCACUGUAUUUAUAUCCCACCUUUUUUCCUUCAAGGAGCUUGAGGUGCCAUACAUUGGUUCUCCUCCUCCCCAUUUCAUCCUUACAACAACCCUUUGAGAGUAGGUCAGGAUGAGAGGCAAUGACUGGCCCCAGGUCCCUCAGCAGUUCAUCAUCAUGGCCGAGUGGGGAUUUGAACCCUUGACUCCUAGGUCAAGAACUUUAACCACUACACCACGCUGGCUCUACACCACUACACCACACUGGGUAGACUAAAAUAGCUGUGGGAUCCAAGAUAGCUGCGGGUUUCCUGGCGCAGCUGGUCUCUGACAAAGUCAGCAGCAGAAGAAGAAAAAAUCCGUCCCCUUCUGUGAAUGCAGUGCUGCUGACCCCUAGUCACCAGAUUUCAGCAGAAAGAUUUCAAAAGAUUCCAUCAUGAGGCUGCAACAUUGUGAAACCAGAAUUUCCCAGCCAAUGUGAUUCCAUUAGUUUCGGGCUUCACUUGUAACCAUGGUUUUCCCAACCCACAUUCAGUUAGCACAACACAGCUAUUUCUCUGCCCUUCUUCUUAUAACUAUAUAUACUUGGCUCUGUCACAUUGUACAUUUUUGUAGCUUUCCCCCCGCUCCCAUGCUUGCAUUUCUUCCUCAGUGCCAGACCAGGAGAACCUGUGUAACCUUCCAGAUGUUGUUGGACUACAAGACCCAUACUCGCUGAUCAUUAUCUGUGCUGGCUUGGGAUGGUGGGAGUGGUAGGUUCUGCAUCCCUGGGUCUGGUUAUCUCCCGCUUGGACUACUGCAACACACUCUGCGUGGGGCUGCCUUUGAAGGUGACUCGGAAACUACAACUAAUCCAGAAUGUGGCUGCUGGACUGAUGACUGGGAGCAGCUGCCUGGACCAUAUAACACUGGUCCUAAAAGAUCUACAUUGGCUCCCAGUACAUUUCCGAGCACAAUUCAAAGUGUUGGUGCUGAUCUUUAAUGCCCUAAAUGGCCUUGGCCCAGUAUACCUGAAGGAGCAACUCCACUCCUAUUGUUCAGCCUGGACGCUAAGGUCCAGCUCUGUGGGCCUUCUGGCGGUUUCCUCACUGCAGGAAGCAGAGGUGCCAACUUGAAUAAAGUAUUGGGGAGCAGGUAAGCCCUGUCCCACAUAACUGAUCACAAGACAUGGCACAUGAACACCAUUUGAAGGGGAAUGCCCAUCAACUUGGGGCAGGAGCACCCCCUCAAAUAUUUUAUGGGGGGAGGGUGAAGGGACCUCACCCCCUAGGAGUUGGCUCCUAUGGCAAGAAGUGACAUUACAGAGAACCACACAGAGGGCUUUCUUGGUAGUGGCACCCACCCUGUUGCCCUCCCUCCUGUCAGAAGUCAAAGAGAUCGACAACUAUACAACUUUCAGAAGACAUCUGAAGGCAGUCCUGUAUUGGGAAGUUUUUAAUGUUUGAUCAUAGAAUGUUUCGUUAUUUUAUUUAUAUUCUGCUGGAAGCCACCCAGUGUGGCUGGCACAACCCAGUCAGAUGGGCAGGAUAUAAGAUGAUGAUGAUGAUGAUGAUGAUAAUGAUGAUGAUGAUAAUAAUAAUAAUACAGUCUGCAGCAGAAUUCAAUACAAAUCUGCUCAACAAUGCUAGUAACCCCACAUGACUGAACCCAGACCCUGUAAUCAAUAUGAAGCCCUUCUUUGGGUGGGCCUUUUUAGUGGUGGCUCCCUGCUGGUGAAAUGCUCUCCCCAGGGAGCCAUGCCUGGAAAGGCUUCUCUCAUUAUCCGGGCUUUUGGCCUUUAUAUGAUGGAUAGGAUUGCAGCCUUCUUUUUUUCUUUCUUUCUUUUUAGCAGGGUGUGAUCUGUAAGUCCUGCCUCUUGUCUGGAUAGCUGUGUUUUUAUUGCAUGUUCUUAAUUGGUUUUAAUGUAUAGUGGUACUUCGGGUUAAGUACUUAAUUCGUUCCAGAGGUCCGUUCUUAACCUGAAACUGUUCUUAACCUGAAGCACCACUUUAGCUAAUGGGGCCUCCCGCUGCCACUGCACUGCUGUGGCACGAUUUCUGUUCUCAUCCUGAAGCAAAGUUCUUAACCCGAGGUACUCUUUCUGGGUUAGCGGAGUCUGUAACCUGAAGCAUCUGUAACCUGAGUGUCUGUAACCCGAGGUACCACUGUACGUUACUUUGGGCCGUUCUGUGAGAAAAGUGACUAACAACAACAACAACAUCAACAACAACUCUUCCUAUCAUAUUACUCCCUAUUAAGUAGGUUUGGGAUUACAGUCCUCUAAUUUUAUGUCAAGCAUAGCGACCCUAUGGGCUCCCAGAUGUUGGACUACAACUCCCAUCAUCCUGGGUCAUUGGGCAUGCAUGCCAGAGCUGAUUAGAGUUUGAGUCCAACAGUGUUCAAGUUCUCUCCUGCUUCAUACCUACCAUUGAAUUUAUUUGCAUGCGAAAUCUUCACGCAGCUGACAACAAUAUAGGUUUGAACACCGCGACUGCUAAUGAGCAUUCCGAAAAACGCCUUUACAAGUCACGAAACAACUCCAGGUUUGUUUGCUCUGGGAAUUUCCCGGUGCAUAGGUCGAUUCUUUGUUUACUUCCUCCGCCCCACCCACUUUGAUAGUUGAUAGACAGGCACAGAAUGCCACCUUGUGGAGAAAUAAAAGAAGUACAGUAUGUUUUUGACCUCCUGUUCCUUGCCUUGCCCCCCCCCCCUGAACAUUUUAAAAACAUUCUCUAGCAGCACAAUUCUCAGCAUGUUUACUCUGAAGUAAAUCGCACUGUAUUCAUUGGGCUUUCUCCCAAGCAAGUGUGCACAGGAAUGCAUUUGAUGUACAGAUGGGAGAAAAAGUCAGCUCAGUACAGUUUUGAAAGCAAAUCGCCCUAAUUCACUUGUUCCGACACAAUAUGAGCCUCCUUUAAAAAUGUGCACUGCUCCAAAUUUUGCAGUGCAGCUUUUCAGCCAUGGAUGGAUGCAUAGAAAGGCACAUGUUCAUGAAAAUAAGAUACAAAAAUGCAUUGGGUGAUACCUUAAGUCCUGCUCAGAGUAGAUCCACUGGGUUGCAUCUAUGGCCAGUCCUAAGAGUAGACCCAUUGAAAUUAAUGACUAACAUAGGUGUACUAAAUUUGUCCCACAUUUGGCGUGCAUUUAAUUCCAGCCACUUGUGUUCAAGGCAUUUUUGUUAUCAACUGGGCUUUGAGGGCACCAUCAGCAGAGGCAAUCUUGGAGUAGCACGGCUGAUACAACCACACUGUAAAACACAACAGGAGAGGCAGCCCUCCCCCUGAAUUUUAGUGUCGCACAGAAUGCCACCAAAAUUUGAGAGCCCAAAGUCUGCCACUACCAUGAUCAGGCCUACCUAGCCAGGCAGGUCUGAGCAACUGUCAAAGGGCAGCAAGGCUCUGGCUGGUGUGUGUGUGUUGGAGGGAAAGAGGCGAGAAUCCAAGUCAGGCUUCAGAGAGGCACAUUGAAACCAGGAAGAGGUUGUUCUUGCUUAGGAGAAGUUGUGAGUGCAAAAGGAAAUGCUUUAUGGCACUUCCUGUUCCAAAGGCUGACAUUGUCCUCAGGAAAGUCCCUGGCUACUAUGCUAGUCAGUUUCUGGUCAGUGUUUGUUUUGCAUGUCUUAAUUCGUAAGUCUGUUCAGUACCGUUUCUGGAUUAAGGUCUGAUUUAAAAAUAAAUACAUAAACAUGUAAAUUCGUAUUUCAGUAACUAUUCAAAUACAGUGGACGCUCGGGUUGCAAAUGUGAUCCGUAUAGGAAGCAUGUUCGCAACCCUCAGCAUUCGCAACCCGCAGCACUGCGUGUGCGCACGCGUGGGUUGUGACCCGGCUCUUCUGCGCAUGCGCAAAGCGCGAUUUAGCACUUAUGCGCAUGCACAUGCACCGAGACUCGGAAGUAACCAGUUCCGGUACUUCCGGGUGCGCAGUGCGCAACCCGAAAUCGCGCAACUCAAAGUGUCUGUAACCCGAGGUAUGACUGUACAUAUUUAACCAAUCCAAACCCAAGAUCUAUUGGGAUUAGAGAGUUUGGAUGCAGUGGAUGUUGGAAUUUCCCAGUUCAGCUGGGGCUACUCCACAGUAAGCUCUCAUCCAGACUUCUGUUUGUCCCACCACUGCCCACCCGAUCUUCAACACUCAAUUGGAGCAAAUGUAAGCACUUGCCUGGCUUCGGCAAGGAGGCAUGAGGGCUCUGACAGGGCCCUAGAGUCCACCUUUCUCCUUCCCAAGGGUGGGCAAGCACUUACCAGGCUUUGGGAAUGAGGUGGGAGGGCUCUAGGACACCUCCUUUCGAAAGCCUGGCUUAAGCCGGUACUGCAAAGGCUGGGGGGGGGGGAAGAGCGUCAAAUGCCUCCAUGCAAGAUGGCAUAUUACCAAGGUCCACCCCUGUAGAAAUGAACCUGUUGUACAAAAGUAAAAUUCAUACUGGUCAAGCCCACUGCUAGCAUGGAAGCCCACCUAGAAAGUGGCUCUCAGGCUCCUAAACCUGGACUCAGUGAAGCAGCAACCUGACAGGAGGUUCAUAUCUUUUUGCUUCACAACUCCAAAAAUCUGGAGGAGAAAGUCGUAAGUUCAAGAGCAUCCCUGUUUCCUGCCCAAACUUUUCAGGCUGCUGUUUCAUAUCCUUCUUUGCCUUCCCUGGGGUGGGCUGGGGGGAAUGAUAGGAUUAAUCCAAGAAUGCACUGAGCCGGGCACAGUGAGACUAAAGUCUCCUUUCUCUCUCCCUGAAAGAGCUUCUGCAUCUUCCUCACAACACAGCUGCUUCUCUACCAGGAAGUCUCCUCCUGUACUGAUUCAGAGUACAAUAUCCGUGGCGAAUGCUGCCCCAGGUGUAAUCCAGGUAAGAAGGCAUGGCACCCUUGUUCUUCUCCCUGUAAACAGGGCCGGCCCAUCCAUUGGCCUGGUAGAGGCAGUUGCCUCAGGCGGUAGGCUGGGGACAACCGGGCGGGGUGGCAGAUCCAGAAAGAAGAGGGGCAUCUUCACACAACUUUGCUGUUUCUCCUUCAGCUAUGGAUAGGAACUGUGACCACCUACUCCUCUCUGAGAGCCAGUGUGGUGUAGUGGUUAAGAGCGGUAGACUUGUAAUCUGGUGAACCGGGUUUGAUUCCCCACUUCUCCAUAUUGUUGGGUGACCUUGGGCCAGUCACACUUCUCUGAAGUCUCUCAGCCUCACUUACCUCACAGAGUGUUUGUUGUGGGGGAGGAAGGGAAUGCGAUUGUUAGCUGCUUUGAGACUCCUUCCCCAGGCAGCAGUGGAGAAGGGAGUAGGGGUGGGGCACACAGGUCCUAGCCACUGCUCCACUGCCCCCCUCAUUCACCGGCUUGGCCACACUAGUUCCCAGCAUUGUCCCCACCCAGACCUGGUUGAGGAGCCUGUUUAACAAAUUAGGAUUCAGAGGAGGGGCGCCAUUUUCCUAUUUGUCCACAGGAUACAGAGUCGAGAGAGACUGCACUUCUAUUUCCAGUACAACGUGUGUUGCUUGUGGUUGGAGGACAUACACGAACCAGUCAAAUGGCCUGAGAAAGUGCUUUACAUGUCAAGAAUGUGAAUCAGGUAAAAAUUCUUCUUGUUGUUUGUUACCGAAGUGACUUAGAAUACAUUUCAAAACAUGAGUGUGAAUGCAUUAUACACAGGCAGCACACUGGUAAGAAAACAACACCAUAUCAGUCUAUCCAAAGACCUGGGGGGGGGGGGAAGGUUAGGUUUUCAGCCGGCAAAGGCGCUCGGCAGACUUCACUAAGAAGGGCAUUCUGCAGAUGGGGAGCCACAACCGAAAAGCCCCUCUCCCUUGUCACUACCCUUUGAGCCACCAGCUAAGCCCUCCUCAGAGUAUAUUUAUUAAAUUUAAUGAACCUCAGUUAUGUCCAUUACCUGCAAUGACUCUACUCUGAGUAGGAUUGGCACUGGUUGCAACCCUCAAGGCCUUGCUCUUUUAAAAAAAUGCUUUAUUAGUUUUAAAAACAAAACAAAAACAAAGCAAUACACAAUGAUCAAUGAAAAGCGAUUCAAAAUUAACACUCCUGUGCACGCAAAAAAGAAAAGAUUGAAUUCAUCCAUCACUAUUUCUAACAUGACUUCCGACCCCCCCAUUGUGAUUCCUAAGUUUCAUUACAGCUGCACACUUAACUUUAUCUCCCCUAAAUUAUUCUGUUAUGUUAAUUCUGUAGCGAUCUCUUAAUUCAUGCAGAAAUCAAUCCAGGCCUGCCAAAUCAUUUAUGUUAUUACAAUGUUCUUUUAAGUAUCCUCUGUAAAUAUUCCACUCUCAGUUAAAUAUUUGAUCUGUAUGGUCUCAGAGUCUCGCUGUUAAUCUUGCUAGCUCUGCAUAUUCUAACAUUUUAUUUUGCCAAUCUAAUUUUGAGAGUGUAGAAUCUCCUUUCCAUACCUUAGCAAUUAAAAUUCUUCCUGCUGUUACCGCAUACAUAAACAUUUUCUUUACCCUUUUUGGAAUUUCAUUGCUCAUUAUGCCUAGUAGGAAGACUGCAGGUUUUUUUUUGAAAGGAACAUGUAAACAUUUUUUUUAAAAAAGUUCAUUAUAUAUUGUUUCCCAAAAUUCCCUGAUUCUUUUGCAAUUCCACCACAUUUGGAUCAUGGUGCCUUCCGCCUCCCUGCAUCUCCAACAGAUGUUUGAUCUAGAUUUGUACACUUUGGUCAAGGCCUUGCUCUUAGUGGAUGUAAGGUGAAUCUUUUCGCAGAAUGUCUUUGCUGCCCGGCACCUCCAUGGCUUAGGGUCUUUGGCCACAAGGUUAUUCGAGUGGCAGAAAUGGCCUGAGACUGUUUUCAUUUCCUACAAUGCCCUUGUUCAAGGCUAUAUCAGGGUUAUAGUGAUAUUUUAAAAUGGCUGCCUGCCACCACCAGGCAGGGCCCCUGGGGACAUGUGUCAUCACUAGAAGGUACUCGAGGAGGGCUCUUGAGUCUGGGGACCUAUCCAAGGUGCUGAGCAAAAAGACUAGGAUCCUUUAAUUAAGUGUGUUCAUAUUUCAAUGUCUUGUCUUACUGAUUAUUUAAAUUAUGCAUAUAUAAUUGGUCAAUGUUGCUGAACUGGUCAGGCAUUUAUUGAUUUAUUGUAAGACCAGUGUCUGGCCUUAGCUGGCUACUUAACUGUCCUCAUCAGCAUCACAAAAGAAUGAGCUAGGUUUAAGAGCUAGGUGAUGGCUAGUGGGUGGGCAUUUCUUCUGUCUAGCUGAUAGGUAGGAGAAGAAUAGCCAGGUGUGUGUGUGUGCUGAGGUGCAGGCAGAAUGGAAGCUGGGGACACAGAGACAUGCCUGAUCUGUGCUGGAUACAAAGCUGUGGCUAAUGGAGAAGAAAGAUCUGUAGGGGUUAAUGCUGUGAUCCAUCUCAUGCUCAGCUUAUAUAUAUGUGCAGAUAAAACCAUAGAUCGUAAAGACACCACAGUCUCCAUUGACCUUCCUGCCAAGGAAACAGAAGCAGAGCAAACACCUAGAACUCCACCACUUGGAGAUUGGGGUGGCAUGUAAAAAUAAUAACAAUCAUAGCAGCGGCCCCCACAAACCCUCAUAUCUGUGAUUGUGCCCGGCAGGAGCCCAUCUAAGAGUUAAAGAAGAAUGCACGUAUACAAAGAACACAGUCUGCUCUUGCAAGCCUGGCUAUUAUUGCACUCAGUUCAUCAACCAAGAUUGCGAACAGUGCUCAAAGCACACCAUUUCUCCACCUGGUUUUAUGGUGACACAGCCAGGUAAGUCUCAGUUGAGAUUUAUUUUUUAAAAAACAUAUUUUCAAUGCAAAAUUACAACAAAAAUUACAAACAUUGAAUCCAAAAUAAAACGGUACAAACAAGAAAAAACACACACGAGAAAAAAGAACACAAAAAACAAAAACACACAUCUACAAAUAAAACCAUAUCAUCAUUCUAAUCUAGUCAUUACAUACAUAUACACAUAUUGACUUCUUUCCUUUGUUCUAAGACCUCAAAAUUUUUACUCUUUCUAAGUUGUUGUGUCUAAUGUAGAUUACCUUUAUCUUUAUACUUUUUACACCAUUUUUCUCUUUCUUUAACCCUGCAAAGCAUCAUUCAUUACAUACCGAUAUGCUUACUCCAGAACAAUGUUUUUUCAUAUAUUCUUUAGCACAUCCCCAUUCUUUUAAUAAUUUUUGGUCCGAUUGUCCCCUUAUGAAUGCUGUGAGUCUUGCCAGGUUUAUAUAUUCACAAAAUUUAAUUUGCCAUUCUUUCAUUGAUGGAAUUUUUCUCCCUUUCCAAGUUUUUGCUAUGAGCAUCCUGGCAGCUAUUGUCUCAGUAGAGAUUUGGUGCAACCACUCUUCUGCCGAUCUUAAAAAAUAAUUUAUUUAUAGCUCCCAUGUUCAGAAGAAAAAUAAUCAUCACAGUGAGCAUAAACUCAAUCGUAAAACCAUCCGACUUAAGAUGUGCUUCAUACAGGGAGGUGGGGAACCUCAGAGCCAGAAGCCAAAUGUGGCCCUCCAAGCCACUCUAUUUGGCUCUUCAGACUACUCCCAGGCUGCACCCCUCUCUGGCUUUGCUUUCCACCUGACCGUUUUGCCCGGCUAGAUCUGAUCCUCUGGCCUCUCUGAAUGGAGGAUGGUCUAUGUGUAGAAACUAGUCUGCUGCAUAAAUUUGCAUCCAUUGUCCCACCCACCUUUGCUUCUGGCUUCACCAGCCACUGACAUGUGUCCCUUGGAAGGCUGCCCAGAAGGGAAUGUUGUCUUCAGGCUGAAAAAGGCUUCCCACCCUCGGCUUAAUACAUCAACACAGUUGGAUCACCACUGGUAGAAUAGGACGUUGAAUGAGAUGGGCGUUUGGCUCUUCUUAUGGUUCUUAUGUGAAUAGAUUAUUGACUCUCAAAGCAACAAGGGACUACUGUGGUACCUCGGGUUACAUACGCUUCAGGUUACAGACUCCGCUAACCCAGAAAUAGUGUUUCAGGUUAAGAACCUCGCUUCAGGAUGAGAACAGAAAUCGUUCUCCGGUGACGUGGCAGCAGGAAGCCCCAUUAGCUAAAGUGGUACUUCAGGUUAAGAACAGUUUCAGGUUAAGAACGGACCUCCGGAACGAAUUAGGUACCUAACCUGAGGUACCACUGUACAAUAAGACAUAAGGAUACAAGAUGAGGCCUGUGGGACCAGGCCAAAGGCCUCUUCUGGUUCACCAUCCUGAUCUCACAGCGACCAAACAGAUGCCCCAACACACAAGCAGGACAUAAGCAUGAAAGGUGCAAAGGGCUCUAUCUUUUGUAGCAGCAUCUAAAAUAUUCCGCUCCUCUCAUUCUUUUUCAGGCACAGAAACCAAUGACACCCAGUUCGUACCCUGCCCUCUUGGGACCUAUUCAGAGACUGAGAUGUCCACCUCCUGUGAACCUUGGACUAAGUAGGUGAUACUAAAGACUCUCUCACAGCUGCAUUUCCAGUUUGUGGCUGUGUGGUGCCACAUAGUCUUAAUUCUACAUACACCUCUUUCCAUUCAGCGCUGUUUCCUUCCCGUUACUGCUAGGAAGUUAAAGAACUAAGCAUGAAAAUGACAUACUUAGUGAGCUGUUACCUUGGUUUGUACAAAGCUUAAACAGAGGUUAGAUUAUAUCCAGGUCCAGAAAAACUUCAAGACAAAUAGGUCCACAUCUGGCAGACGAAUGUGUAAGAGUUUGGAUUUGGAUUUGAUAUCCCGCUUUAUCACUACCCAAAGGAGUCUCAAAGCAGCUAACAUUCUCCUUUCCCUUCCUCCCCCACAACAAACACUCUGUGAUGUGAGUGGGGCUGAGAGACUUCAGAGAAGUGUGACUAGCCCAAGGUCACCCAGCAGCUGCAUGUGGAGGAGUGGAGACACGAACCCGGUUCACCAGAUUACGAGUCUACCUCUCUUAACCACUACACCACACUGGCUCUUGUUUAUUUUCCAUUUUUCAUAAUUCCUGAAUGUUGCAAUACAGCUGUCGGCUGAAAUAACAUAUCAGUUGUUUUCUCUUAAAAGACAUAUUUAAAGAUAAAAGUACAUUGAGAAUGGGGGAAGAAAUUCUAUUUUGUUUGCUUUUUGAAACAAAGCUACCAAUUUUCUGCUUCUCAAAUCAAUACUUAAUUCAGAAAACAAUUAUCCUUCAAAAUUCCCAGUACCACGAAUGUUGCAAUGCAAUUCUACAACCAAUGUUUACUACAAAAAAUGUAUAUAUUAGGGGUAGCUGUGCAUAAAAAUGCACACAUUGGUGAAAAUAACAUGCACAAAUGCAUUACAUUAGGGAGUAUGCCUUUCAACAAUGUGUGCAUUAGUCAAAACAGCAUAGAAAAAUGUGUAUAUCGGGAGAAAUUUGCACUAAAAUGACUGUAAUUUUCAUGAGGAUUUUUUUAAAAAAAGAAAAAUUGCAGUUUGAUGCACCCCCCCCCCCAAUAUACACACACACAUGAUAUAAGAUAAGAAAAAUGAGAAACUGGGGAAAACUGAAAUUGACUGAUUCGCUAAUUUCUUGCAAAUUAGAAGGGGGAGGGAGGAAGCAAGCAAGCAAGAUUAUCAGCUAACAUUAACAAUAACUAUAUCUUACUGAACCUAAUUUAAAUGUGUAAGUUAAUAAAGACAGCCUGGGUAUUCCCAAAUAAGUAUCCAAGUGAAAUUGACAAUUAUAAUCUGUAUGCACAAAGACAGAAAGGCCAGAGAAAUCUAUCACUGAGUAGUAGAUUGUCCAUCCAGCUCAUUUCAGCCACAAGCAGUUGCAGGGUCCAUUUUUACUGCCCUUCUGUUAGUCUCCACAAAUAUCAAGCCUUCUUCUGAACAUUCACCCCUAAUUUAACCCUUUCUGUUUAAUUUUCAGUUGCAGUAAGGCAGGCAUGAUAGAAGAACGAGCAGGCACAGCAGUUUCUAAUGCAGUUUGCUCAUGUGUCGGCCAGAAACACGUGCCUGUGCCGGUAUUUGUAGCUACUACUGCCAUUCUUGCUCUGCUGGUUCUUGCCUUAAUAUGUGGCUUCAUAAUAUGGCAAUGGAGGAAGCGCAUCAAAAAACGUAAGUGUGCAACAAGUGCAUGUGUAGUUAAGCAAAAACAAAUCCAGAACCUGCAUUCCUGUGUCUUGCAAGUGGAACUCUACUUUGAGCAGUCAAAAAUCUCCCCCAACCCCGGUUCAUUUGGUCUGCUUGCCUUUUGCUUGAUUGGAGAGGACAAAGAAAGUAUACUUGGCUUUUAAGCUAGAGACGAGGGACAUCAGGCCUGGGGGAGUCCAAUGUGGCCCUCCAAGCCUCUCUAAGUGGCCCUCAGAGCUAUCUCCAGGCCACACCCAUCAUUGGCACUGCUCUGCAUUUUCUGGAACAUGUCCAUGACAUCUGAAGAUGCUUUUUGUAUGCCUGGAUGGAGGAUACAGGGGGAAGGAGUGCAGAAACUGCCAGAUGUACAGAGGUAAAUUUUACAUUCAUUCCUCAGCCCAUUUAUUUAUCUGGUUCCAUCCACUACUGCCAUGUGACUCUCGGAAAAUUGUCUGGAAGGGAAUUCAGCCCUUGAUCUGAAAAAAGGGUUUACCAAGCCCUGUCCAAAGUGAAAUACUUUUGAUGGACAGAUGUCAUUCAACUUCUCUCUGGCUUGCUUGAUCAGUGAUGUCUCCUUAACACAUGCAAGUUGGUUCUUUUAUGGCACACUUGUGAUGUGCAGAGGAUAAGGAACCACUGAGGCUCUUAUUAACCUCAGUGGAUUAGUAUGGGUUGUAUCUAACUAAAUUAGAGUAAACCCACUGAAGUUAGUGGACCUGAGUUAGUCAUAUCCAUUAAUUUCUAUGGGUCUACUCUGAGUAGAACUUAGUUGGCUGCAACCUCAAGCCAACAGGUUCAAAUUAGGAGAAAGGGGUUUUUAGUUUUGCCUUUUUUUAGCUAAACAUUAAGGAGGGCCAGUCUGCCUGGUCAAUGCUGCUCCUUCUAUUCUCAGAUGGAGGCAUUUUAGAAAAUCUCAUCUAGAAAUGUCUUCUACUGGGUUUUUGAAAAGAAAAAAAAAGCUCUUCUCUUCUUCUUCACAGGUGCUGCCAGAGUACAGGUGAGUAUUCUUUUAUAUAAGCCUUUUACAACUUCUUUUCUUCUGCCCAUAUUCCUUUCAACAUGCAAUUCCAACAUAUAUUAAGGGUUGCUAUUGCACUUUCUCUUUCUCCCUCUUGCAGUGUUUCCCCUCUAAGCUUCCUGCUCUCUUAAAGACUUCCACUAACCCCCACCCACCAGGGGUGCUGACUCCAUGGAGCUGAACUGCCUUUGCUCCCCCCUCAAUACUGUUGGCAGAGGGCUGGGCCCCCUCAAUGUUGAGAGGGCAGGGGAGGCCACAUGUGAACGGCUCCCCAGGAACGGCUUCAGUUGCUGGCUCCUUCUGAGCGCACGAGAGAAGGAGCCCCUGGCUAUAGAUGCUGACGAAGAUGCAAAGUCACAUGUGUGUGACAUGUGACGGAUCCCCUCAAUCUUCGGCGGAACUUGGCAUCUCUGCUACCCACUGCCCACUUUGCCUGCAACUUCUUCCUGGAUUAUCUGCCACAGGGAUGGGGAAACUCAGGCUUUUAUUUGUUGUAUUUUUUCUUGUUAAGUUGCAUUCUGAUGUUUUCUUCAGUAAGAUGUGUGGCAACCUCUCCUGAAAGUGUCAGAGAAAUUCCAUGCCUCCCCAAGGAAGUAGCAGGAAAACCACCCCUGUUUUUGUUUUCUCCUCUUUUCAAUAGCAGGGGAAGAAUAGUCUCCAGAAACUAAGAAUGUUGGUGUCUACACCAAGGAUGAUGAACCUGUUGCCCUCCAGAUGUUGCUGAAUCCAGCUCUCAGUCAGUCCCAACUAGCAUGGCCAAUGAUCAGGAGUUAUGGGAAGUGUGGUCAUGCAACAUCUGGGGGGCACCAGAUUCUCUCCCCACCUGGGUCUACAUCCAUGAAGGAAGACUUGGGAACUGUGGGUAACAUCCAACCAAGUUCUACUCAGGGUAGACGCACCAAAGUUAAGGACCCCAAGUUAGUCAUGACCAUUAAUUUCAAUGGAUCCCCACAGAUGAGAGGACUAACACUGCAUACAACCCUGUACAUUUGUGAGAGACACGGGGGAUCUCUAAUGGGCAGUUCUCUGCACCUCCCACCAAACUGCAAUCCCCAGAUCCUUUGUGGGAAAACUAGGACAGUUACCUUGAUAUAAAAUUGAUUUCAACAUAGUGUAAAAAAUAUCCAGUGUUUAUUCAGUAAAGCACCUUACCCCUAGGGACGCGGGUGGCGCUGUGGGUUAAACCACAGAGCCUAGGACUUGCCGAUCAGAAGGUCGGCGGUUCGAAUCCCCGCGAUGGGGUGCGCUCCCGUUCCUCGGUCCCUGCUCCUGCCAACCUAGCAGUACGAAAGCACGUCAAAGUGCAAGUAGAUAAAUAGGUACCACUCCAGUGGGAAGGUAAACGGCGUUUCCGUGCGCUGCUCUGGUUCACCAGAAGCGGCUUAGUCAUGCUGGCCACAUGACCCGGAAGCUGUACACCGGCUCCCUCGGCCAAUAAAGCGAGAUGAGCACCGCAACCCCAGAGUCGGUCAUGACUGGACCUAAUGGUCAGGGGUCCCUUUACCUUUACUUUUUAACCUUACCCCUUGGUGGUGCUGUUGUGAUCAGAAGUGGAAUCAGAGUGGGGUCUGGAGGAAAGUCACAUUUCUACUUAUUCAGCAUUGCCUGAAUCCAUCAAUAUAUUGUAUUGAUUUUAAACAAAUCUGCCUUGUUCUAGGAGGAACAACGAAAUGGAAAUUAUCUCCCUGUUCAAGAGAAUGACAACAAUAUGGUGGCACCUAUGCAGGAAACGGGUCAACACCCUGGAGAACCAGCAUUCACAAUGGCAUGA